CCUCCAGCGCUGCCCUAUAAAAGCCUGCCCCUGCCUCUCCCUUCACCCGCUGCCCGCUGCCCUCCCUCAACCCCUCGGCACCACUCGCUCUGCUGCGCCACACUGCUUUGGACUCUUCACCAUGAGUGACCUGGAGAACGCCAUGGCAACCAUCAUCGAGGUUUUCCAUAAGUACUCGGAGAAGGAAGGAGACAAGCACAAGCUGAAGAAGAGCGAGCUGAAGGACCUGAUCACCAACGAGUUCCCGUCCUUCUCAGAGCAAGUGAAGGACCAGGCCACCAUGGACAGUCUCAUGGAGAGCUUGGACGCGGACGGAGACUCCGAGUGCGACUUCCAGGAGUUUAUGACUUUCAUCACCAUGGUUACCGUCUGUUGCCAUGAGUUCUUUGAGCUGCACGAAGACGAAUAAGGGGGGAACCCGAGAGAGCGCAGCGGAGCUAGAACACACAAGGGGGAUAGUUUUACGUGAGACACACAGCAUGUAAUGUACGGCUUUCUUCUCCUCUCAUUUCAACUCUGUCCGCAUUAUACUGUUUCUCUAAAGCGUCUUGCUCUGGUUCCUAGCAUUUUGUGCUUAGUUCAUUCUAGAUGUAGAUGAAUUUUUGAGGGUUUUUUUCUCUCUUUUUUUGGUCCCUUAAUUUAUAAUGAGUGUUUUUUUGAUUGUUUGUUCAUCAUGACAAUGAAAUGACCUUAAACACUGCUUCUUCAAUCUAAGUUACAGCCCACCAUCUUGUGACCGUUCUCACAUCCAGUGCAAAUUCUCCAAUGCACACAUACAAAAAAAAUUGUAUUGUACUGUUCGCUCCCAGUCAGUUCGGCUGACUGAAAUUUACAUUUCUAUAAGACCACAUUUCAUUUGUUGUCGCCUUCAAUUGAUUAUUUCAUUUCCUGUUUCUGUCACCUACAACAAUGGAUGGCGGCCAUGAAAGAGUCUAGUGUAUUCAUCCCUUUUACCGAGAGAAGUCUGAGUAUGGUGGGUUGGGACAGCCAAAGUUUUCAUUCUGAUAGUGAAGUCGGUCGCACUUUGCUCUAAUAGUCUCCUAUAGAGAUGUUCAGACGCUCCCACGUAAACGAACUAUGUGUUGGGGUGGGUUUGGUUGAGGUGAACUUGAGGUGAACAAAGCAAUUCAACAAGAUGUUUUGAAGCAUUGGAGCAUCUGCUAAGACUCUGUAGGCAGACUGUCCAAGUAAAGUGCUACUGUGAAGUCCGUGCUGUGCUGCAUGUAUGUUGAAAUUCAUUCUGUUACGGGGGAAAAAAACUGUCUGACAUUGAGGGUAUGACACCAUAAGACAUCACUCCUAGCCACAUUUGAUUCCAUUUUGACACCUUUGAGAAGCCAUAUUGUCAAACAUGCCACGUUUCUGAUCAAAACAAUGACAACAACAACAACAACAAGAUGACUACUUCAACCUGUACAUAAAUAAAACCUAAAAAUACGUUUUUCAAAGGCAAUUAUAGCUCAUACAUUUAACCAAAUGUGUAGCGGAGAAAAAUCAGUGUGUCCUCUGGUGAAACAUGGCGCAGCACUGGUGUUUGUUCUGCCCAAUCUGAAGUCGAGAGUGGACUGCUCGGAAUGCUGAAUGACAAAAACAUGUAAUGAGGAAAUGCUGCUAUGUGUUGUGAAGACACUGAAUAAAGUCGUUGGCAGAA